CUCCUUUUUCGCGGUCAUGGGCGCCUCGGCCGCCAUGAUCUUCAGCGCCCUGGGAGCCGCCUAUGGCACCGCCAAGAGUGGCACUGGCAUCGCGGUCAUGUCUGUCAUGCGGCCAGAACUGAUCAUGAAGUCCAUCAUCCCAGUGGUCAUGGCUGGGAUCAUCGCCAUCUACGGGCUGGUGGUGGCGGUCCUCAUCGCUAAUUCCCUGGGCGAGGGCACCACUCUGUACAGGAGUUUCCUCCAGCUGGGUGCUGGGCUGAGCGUGGGCCUGAGCCGGCUGGCGGCUGGCUUUGCCAUUGGCAUUGUGGGGGACGCUGGUGUGCGUGGCACUGCCCAGCAGCCCCGGCUAUUUGUGGGCAUGAUCCUGAUCCUCAUCUUCGCCGAGGUGCUCGGCCUCUACGGUCUCAUUGUUGCCCUCAUCCUCUCCACAAAGUAGCCCCUCUCUGAGCGCACCAGCCACAGAACAUGAUGUAAAGACCACCCCUCAUUC